AUGGAGGACAAGAAGGAAGAGGGUGAGGCGGAGAUCCAGGAGCACGGGCCUGAGCACUGGUUCAGCAAGUGGGAACGGCAGUGCCUAGCUGAGGCCGAGCAGGAGGAGGCGCUGGCCCCGGAGCUGCAGGACGAGGCGGCGGCGCAGCCCGAGCACAAGCAACAGAAGCUCUGGCACCUCUUCCAAAACUCGGCCACCGCUGUGGCGCAGCUCUACAAGGACCGGGUGUGCCAGCAGCCGGGGCUCUCCCUCUGGGUCCCCUUCCAGAACGCCGCCACUGCGGUCACCAACCUCUACAAAGAAAGUGUGGAUGCCCAUCAGCGAAGCUUUGAUGUAGGAAUUCAGAUUGGCUAUCAACGUCGGAAUAAGGAUGUGUUAGCUUGGGUUAAAAAACGCAGAAGAACUAUUCGUAGAGAAGACUUGAUCAGCUUCCUAUGUGGAAAAGUUCCUCCUCCAAGAAAUUCUAGAGCUCCCCCAAGAUUGACUGUAGUAUCCCCUAACCGAGCUACUUCAACAGAAACUAGCUCGUCUGUAGAGACUGAUUUGCAACCCUUCCGUGAAGCCAUAGCUCUGCAUGGUCUUAGUGGUGCAAUGGCUAGUAUAAGUGUUCGCUCAAGUACCCCAGGCUCGCCCACUCACGUGAGCAGUGGCUCCAAUGCUAGUCGAAGGAGAAAUGGACUCCAUGAUGUUGAUUUGAACACUUUCAUAUCAGAAGAAAUGGCACUCCACUUGGACAAUGGUGGAACUAGAAAGCGUACCUCAGCCCAGUGUGGCGAUGUCAUUACAGACUCACCAACUCAUAAACGCAACAGAAUGAUCUAAACUGCAAAAAUUUCAAACCCACCAUGCUGCUUGAAAGCCACUUGAUCCUCAGAGUACUAUUGAAAAGGAAACAUGAGGCCAUCUUUACAUAUUCACUGUUUAAGACAAAUGAAUUCAAUAAUUGCCAUAAAGGAAAUUUUAGAUAUUACAUUAGAUGCCUCUUGUAACUGCGGCUUUCUUAAACUAUAUUCUUAGCAGAGGACAUCAGAUAUUGUGUAGUAGUUAGCAAGAUCAUCAUAGGCAAACAUGUAUCCGUUCCAAGGCUAAAAGUGACCUUACUUGUAUUAAAGGGAAAGGAAAUUUCAGAUGUUUAUUUGGUUAUAGAAUGCUUUUUUUUUUUUUGUCCUUUAUUUCCUGCUGUGUUGAGUAUUUGCUUAAACAGUAUUGCCAGUUUGACUGAAAUUGUCUACAACAUGACUUGGCAUCUUUGUCAAAACUGCAGGCUUCCAUUUUUGCAGCACUGUACCAUGCACCUAGUUUCUAUAUAGUAACAGUGUGCAAGUUAUAAAUAUUGGACUGUACCCUUUUUAGUUUUAAAAGCAGUUGAUAAUUCUGGUGAUUGUGUGAUAAUGUAAAGAGGUGCUAUGAUGGUCAUGCAAUUAAUACUUAAUAUUGACUCAGUACAAGGAUCUUUAUUGGGUUCACUUUGUGUGUUUUAGUGCUCCGAAGUAGCAAUAUUAAACUUUUCCCCAAUUAACUUCCUAGGCUUUUAAAUCAGUUGGAGAAAUUAUAUGUACUUUUUGGUAUUAUCCUCGUGGUAAUCUUAUACAGUGCAGACUGCACCAGUGGUGACCUAAAUUUAGAGAAAGAUGUCCUGUUACUGGGAAAUAGGCUUUUCUGUUCAGUAUUAGUGAAGGGUAGGUUUUGUGUACACCCAUAUCCCAUUUUACAUUUCUUGUGCAGUAAUUGCCCAUUGCUGGGGAGGGGUGGGAGGAGAGGGAAUGAGGGGGAAUAGUUGAAGAAGGGGUGUGUUCUAACAAGUAAGACUUCUGGUCACACAUGGAAGCUUUGGACAAACUUAAAUGAGGUUCUGUGUGAUGCCAUCUCCUUUGGGAGGGAGUGACAUACAGGUUCUGUGAAGUGCUAAGAAAAUAAUUUAAAACUGGAAGUUGAUUCUAAAGCUCUGGAUAAACAUGCCGUAAGGAUGUAUUAAAUAGGAUAAAUGGCUUUCUCUUUGUGUUGAGCUUACAUUCAUGGGACUGAACUCCAGCUGCCAUAACUUAAGCAUAAUUUAAAACUGAACUAGAGAUCAAGACUGAUCUGCAAAUGAGUUUCUGAAUGGGGAAGGAUAUGUGUCAAUCUCAGAGUGUCCUAACUACUUUUACAUGUAGAUGUGGCAAGUCUUUGGUGGAGAGCCCUGGCUAUCAGGGCCUCUAAAUCUCUGCCUAGGAAAGUGAUAAUACAGGAGGAAUAAGGAAGUGAAGAGCUCCAAACCUACAAACUGGGAAGGGGUAUUUAGUAGCGAUGGUAUGCAUGCUUUAACUGGAAGCAUAGGCUGAUUCUUGAAUGAAAUGCAGCUAUGCUGGAUUCACAAUACUAAAAAUUGUGCUGUUCUAGCUAAGUUAAGGCACUUUGAGCUCUAUGUUAAUACACAGCUCUUCAAGACUUCUGCUUACAUGCUGCUUGUAGAGUUGGGUCUUUUUUUGUAUUAUCUUCCCUGUUUGAAGCAGACUUCACUGUAGAUUUGCUCUUUUACCCUGAUGUCCUCUCACUGGUGUUCUGUAGUCAAGGCAAGACAGCAAUGAUGUCUUAAAUUCUCAGAAUUCAAGGCUCUUUACUGAGAGCAUGAUUUUCUUGCUUUGUGGUGCUUCCAUCAAAUUUCUUUACAUUCAAGAGCUCUUGAAGAUGUCGACAGUUGCACAAUACUGUAGCUAGAGGGUCUGUAGUUUAUGGGACAAGUGUAAGAACUGUCCAAAGCAGGAUGGUAAGAGCUGUUCAAAGUCCCCACCUUUGUUACAUAGCUGAACUUGCACAUCACCUCAAGACUCAGCAUACAUUAAUUUCAGUUACUAUUAACUACGAUUCAUGAGACUUAUUUUAUGUAAAAUAUUAAUACUGCAUAAAGCUAGUUUUCAUUUGGAGACUGCAUUUUCAACAAAGAUUUAUGAAGAUGGUGUCUAAAUAUCUGUUAGUAUUUAUUAAGCUGUUGGCAGAGGGAUUUUUUUUUUCUGUUCCAAAAGAAAAAUCUGGAGUGCUGAACAGGAAGGAUGUGUUGAGAACAACCAUUCUUCAGCUCUUCUGUUUAACUGGCUUGUACAACUAGGAUGCUUAUGCCCUGCAACUUCUAACACUUUACUAUUACAUGUGGUAAAGGUAACAGCAUAUUGGUAUCAGUUCUGCAUAUAUGGGCUGAACUGUAACAGUGCUUCUGGUGUAGCCCAAAUAUACAGAGCCUGUUGAGAUUACUUUUCUUUACAAUGAAAUAAAUCCUCUUUAUGCUUUGAAGCAUUAAUUCAGUCUAGUACCAUCUAAAAUGAAAUUUGUCUGGCUUUUUGAUUUGUGCCAUUUUUCUUUGAAAGAAAGCAGGCUUAGAUAUUAAACUGGUUGCUUCAAUGUGUUGUGUGGUUUGU